AUGGUUUCUAAUCAGUUCAGAAUUGUUGUGGGUUCAUACGAACAUAACAUUUUAUGUCUGUCGGUAAACUUGUCCUCUGAGACACCUUUUUUCACACCAAUAUUCCACUUUCAAGCGCAUGCGCUGAGUGUGAAAUGUGCGGAUAUUUCGAAUCGCUACUUAGUCUCUGGGUCCAACGACGAGCAUAUUCGUAUUUACGACUUGCAGAAGCGUAAAGAACUGGGAAAUUUGAUGAGCCACCAAGGCUCGAUAACUGCGCUGAAAUUUUCCAGAGGAGCUCAGCCAGCUACAAACGGCAGUGAGACUCAAAAGACCGGCCAUGCAAACAGCAGGUGGCUGCUGUCUGCAUCCGAGGACAACAAUUUAGCAGUGUGGAGGGUCAAAGACUGGGAAAAUUUUGGAACUUUGAAGGGACACACAGCGCGGAUCAACGAUUUCGACAUUCAUCCUUCCAGUAAGAUCGCCAUCAGUGUGAGCGAGGAUCACUCGAUCAGGCUAUGGAAUCUCAUGACACUCAAGAAAGCCGGAGUUCUGAAGCUAAAAAAAUACAAUCAAAACGGACAGUUUGUUAGAUGGUGUGGCGAGAACGGCGAGUUUUUCGCAGUGGCUCUGCUCAACAAGGUCUUGAUUUACAAGACUUCCACCGCGAAAGUGUACCGCGAAAUAGAUACCGGAAGGUCCUCGAUCAUGCAUAUGGAAGUCGAAACUAUCGGCGGUCAAGAAUACAUAGUGGUUGGCCAAGGAAACGGUUCCAUCGCCAUGUAUGCGACGAAGGAAUUGUACGGCGAAGAGGAAAAGCCAAGUGAGGAAGAAAAUACCACACCAGCUCCAGAAUGCUGUUUGCAAGGACACAGCAUUCGUAUCAAAGACUUCAAGUUCUACUCAAAUGAGUUUGGCCAUUACUUGGUUUCGAUUAGCUCUGACGGGAAAAUUGUCGUCUGGGAUAUGGCAAGUAAGGAACAAGUUGCUGUGUAUGACUGCGGUGAAAGGUUGAACUGUCUUGCGUUGUGUGACGAAACAAUCGAGAAAUACGAAACUAUAAAGAAAAGAGAUGCAGAUGAAGUUGAUCUGGGUGAACAGAGUGAGCCAGAAGAGGACUCGGAAAAUCUGAAGCAAAUAAUGUUGGGAACUAAAUCCGUCAAAAAGAGAAGAAAGAACAAUAAAUCUGGGUCUAAGUCUAAAAAAGUUGAAGUGCAACUAGAAUAA